UUCAAGCGACUCAACAGCAACAAAGUCUCAAGCGACCAGCGCAAAUAAUUAUCCCAUUCUAAAUUCACCAGGGAAUCGCAGUGCGUUUCGAUGAAGUUGCAUGAAAAUCUGUGAUUUGACUCUCUGAUCGAUAAUGGCACGAUGUACAAUAACGGAGCAUCAAAAAGAAGAGUGCAUUUAAAAAUGUAAAAUUCUUGAGGAACGGAGUGACCCAAGUCUACCUGGCUGCCUGGAGAACCUGCGCUUCAUUAAAUGGGAAACUGGUCGGCAGGCUGAUUUACAUUUUAGUUUUUAAAUAUUUGAUUUAAGAGUCGCCCUUCGAAAUCGGAUCAACAUCUAUGUAACAAGAUGAACUGUUAUGAUCGAAAACUACGACAGACUCGUCCUGAAUCAGAAAGCAACAGGCCUGACCGAGUUGUACCGCCAAAGAGAUCCAGGGUGAAUGGCUGGUCCUUCCCGCUACAUUCCUUCCAGUUCAUUGCUUGGUUCUUCUACAUCUACCUUGUGGUUGUUGGCUUUGGGAUUUUCAUUCCUCUACUUCCUUAUAGCUGGAAGUAUGCUGGUUAUUGUAUCUUUGGAACAGCUUUUAUUGUACAUCUCGUGGCACAUUUGGUGGCAGUCUCUGUUGAUCCAGCCGACUUCAACGUACGUGCCAAGCACAACUAUAAUAGCCCUUUGCCAGCUUUAGACCGGACCAAGCAUCCACAUGCAAUUCAGAAUCUGCACUGCUACUUGUGUGAAGUUGAUGUUGGGCAAAAGGCAAAACACUGCAGCAGCUGCAAUAAGUGCAUCUCUGACUUUGACCAUCACUGCAAAUGGCUGAACAACUGUGUUGGUGGAAGAAACUACUGGUUUUUCUUCAGCACAGUAGCCACUGCUGUCUUUGGAAUCUUCAUGAUGGUGGUCAUUAGCUUUUAUAUUUUUAUUGAACACUAUGUGAACCCCAGCGAACUGCGGACUGCUCCUCAGUUUCAAGGUAUUUGUGACAACACAACGUGGUUAGCGUUCCUCCCUCUGACCCCCAUUGAAACGGGCUCAGCAGGGAUUCUGGUGGCAGCAUUUUUCACCUUCUUUUUAGGAACUGCUUCACUGCUGCUGCUAGGCCAUUUGCUUGGGUUCCAUAUUUAUUUAUUAAUAAAGAAGAUGAGUACUUAUGAGUAUAUAAUAAAACAACGAAGCAUUGUGACUGCACGGGGACAGGAUGGAUAUCCGGAAUCAUCACGGUCCACCCCAGUUGGUGCACUCUCUCUAGAGGUCCCAAUGUCUGUUGAGACGGCCAUUGAUUGUGAUGCACCCUUAUCUGCCAGAUCCAGUGCCUUUAAGUAUCGAGAUAGCAUGCAAGUUUCAGCACGACAGUCAAAUAGCACCUAUAUGGAGGAAUAUCACGUUUCAAAAAUCAUUAGCCCUCCGGGUGACAAUGCUCAUUACAACCAAAAACAGGCCACGCACACAUUAUCAGUAGAAACAACAAAAGAAAGUUUGGCAAGCUCAGGGACCAGCUGGAAGACACUUACAAGAAGUCAGAUGGAAAGAGUGGACAAAGCUGAAGAAACACCAACAGUUCGGUACUCCGACCUGAAGGAAAACGCCACUGCUUGCUCAGCCCAUCCACAAGAGCAUGUCCAGAGUUUGAGCUCCUCAUGCACAAGCACUUUCUAAAAGUUGAUGGCUGCUGAUUGGGAGAUGAGUUUACUUGUGUGGUGCAAACAUGUUCAUUUUUAGAGGAUUGUGCUCUGCGUCAUCAUGUGCGACACUGAGACACUACCAGCACUGUGCCAGUCUUGCCCACAGUUUACAUUCAUUAUUUUGUGUCUGACUUUAUUCUCUUGCAGCAAGAGGUCUAUUGAAGACAUACCAAAGCCAGGAGCGGUUUUGCACUUUUUUCUUAAAGAAACACAGAUGACAGUAUUUAUUUAUAUAUUUAUUUUCCAAAUUGAAAAGAAUCUUUAGCUUGUAUGUAUGGAACUAAGGGAGUAGUAAAGCCGUGGUAAAUUUUACUAAAGCUUAACAGGCAUUUUAUUUUCUUUUACGCCAUUCAAAGUGCAACAUGUGACCAGUAGGUGGCGCUGCAUUGCUUAUGAGUUCAGGAGUUGCUGGCUUUGUUUGAGUAGCCACUGAUUUGCUUUAA